CGUCCCACCUAGUGACCUACUUCUCCGGUUAGGGGAGCACGACCUUUCCACCGAAUCGGAGCCUUAUCUGCAUCAAGAGAGGAGAGUGCAGGUCGUCGCAUCGCAUCCCCAAUUCGACCCCAGGACUUUCGAAUACGACCUGGCCCUGCUGAGGUUCUACGAGCCCGUCACGUUCCAGCCAAACAUAUUGCCGGUUUGCGUUCCACAAACGGACGAGAACUUCGUGGGACGAACUGCCUACGUGACUGGAUGGGGGCGAUUGUACGAAGAUGGUCCGCUGCCUAGCAUUCUGCAAGAAGUAUCUGUUCCAGUCAUCAACAACACAGUCUGCGAGUCCAUGUAUCGCGCAGCAGGCUACAUCGAACAUAUCCCCCACAUUUUCAUCUGCGCAGGUUGGAGGAGGGGAGGAUUUGACUCAUGUGAGGGAGAUUCCGGAGGCCCGAUGGUGAUUCAACGCGAAGACAAGCGAUUCCUCUUAGCAGGAGUAAUAUCCUGGGGAAUAGGAUGCGCUGAACCGAAUCAGCCUGGGGUUUACACUCGCAUCAGCGAGUUCAGACAGUGGAUCAAUCUUAUUCUGAAGUUUUAGACAACGAGAGCGGCUUUUUUGUAAUGUGAUCUCCUGACAGUAGACAUAGUGUGGAUGACCAAAGUGCCUCUCUCCCAUACAUUUGCUGAUUGAUAAUGCCUGACGUACCAACUGUUCUAUGAAAGUAGUUUUUGAUGCAUUGUUUCUUAAAUUUUUCCUCUGCUGAAUAAUUUCAUGUCAACUUUGCAUUCAUUAGUUAUAUUCUUCAAGCAGAAAAUAGAAGCAGAUGACGCUUUCGCAAAAAUAACUGCAAUGCUCAGUUCUCAUUGUUAAGAACAGAAGAGAUCGGACAUUGCAUUUUCUUUUUGUAUCAUGAAUACAAAACUUCAAGAUCUGAUAAAAUACACUGGUCUGCUUAAGUAAAAAGCUGCUGAGCGAAACAUAUAUAGUUUUUUCAUUUGUCAGUGCAUAUCAAAGCUUGACUUUGAAAGUUACCGACUUCGAGGGUUUUCUGUCUAUCCCAUCUCUGUAUUUGUAGAGUAGGGAGGUGAGUGUAGGUCCACAGCACUUAUGCCACAUGUGACCCAUU